AUGCAUCCUGAGAAGACUCCAGUUCCGGAUGGGAUGAGUGCUUUGUUCUUCCAAAGGUUCUGGCCCAAUCUCAAAGGUGAUUUAGUGGCUUUAGUGAAAGAAUUUUUCCGUACAGAUCGUUUCGAUCCUCGGUUGAACGAAACGAAUAUCUGCCUUAUUCCUAAAACGGAAAGGCCCAAACGGAUGACGGAAUUUAGACCUAUUAGUCUUUGUAAUGUGUGUUAUAAGAUCAUUUCUAAAGUAUUGUGUUUUCGGCUUAAGCGGUUUCUUCCGUCUCUUGUUUCAGAAACCCAAUCGGCUUUUGUUUCAGGUCGUCUUAUUACAGAUAAUAUUUUGGUCGCUCAGGAGAUGUUUCAUGGUUUAAACACAAAUCCACGGUGUAAGUCUGAGUUUUUGGCAUUUAAGACAGAUAUGAGCAAGGCUUACGAUAGGGUUCUAAUUAAUGGUCAGCCUAGAGGCUACAUUAAGCCACAGCAAGGAUUACGGCAGGGGGAUCCCUUAUCCCCUUAUUUGUUUAUUCUAUGUACAGAGGUGUUGAUUGCCAACAUUAAGAAAGCGGAACGCGAUCAGAGGAUUACGGGUAUUAAGCUUGCUAGGGAUUGCCCCACCAUCUCCCAUUUGUUAUUUGCUGAUGAUAGUUUCUUUUUCUGUAAGGCAGAGGUAGAUGAAUGUACUACGGUUAUGGGAAUUAUAAGUGAUUACGGGAAGGCAUCGGGACAGGAAGUUAAUCGGGAUAAGUCAUCAAUUAUGUUUGGGAAAAAAGUGCUUCCCGAGUUAAGGGCCCAAUUACAAUCUGUUAUGGGUAUCUCCAAGGAAGGUGGUAUGGGUUCGUAUUUGGACUUAACGACUAAAUUAACUGGUGCCAUCUCAAAAUUUUGGUGGAAGUCUAAUGAUAAGGAGAGAGGAUUACAUUGGGUUACUUGGGACAAGUUAUGUAAGGAUAAAGGUGACGGUGGAUUGGGUUUCCGCGCCCUAGAACAAUUUAAUGACGCCAUGCUGGCUAAACAGUAUUGGCGGUUAAUUCAUUAUCCAUCAUCUCUAAUGACGUGGGUCAUACGAGGUAGAUACUUUCGAAAUAAACAUCCUCUUCAGGCUAAGAAGCCGUGUUCCCCCUCACUUGCGUGGAGGAGUAUUUUUUCAACUAAGGACAUAGUGGAAUACGGGGCACGAUGGGUAAUAGGUUCGGGUUGUAACGUAUCGGUUUGGCGAGAUCCGUGGAUCCCGGAUACCCAACCAAGACCGGCUAAUGGUCGAGAAAGAUUUUUACAUCCAAAUCUUAUGGUCAAUCAUUUAAUUAAUCCUUCUACCAAGGAGUGGCAUUUACCAAUUUUGGAAGAGUACAUGGAUCCACGGGAUAUUCAAAUCAUUUUAUCGAUGGAGAUAAGUAAAUCUUUUAAACCGGAUAAAUUAAUCUGGCAUUAUUCUAGUUCAGGGAGGUAUUCGGUCAAAUCUGGCUACCGUAUUGCACAUGAAUUAAUUAAGGAGGUGGAGUACGGUCCGACGUACACGGCUCUUAAGGCCCAGGCUUGGGAACUCAAGGUUCCCCCGAAGAUCCAGCACUUUUUCUGGCAAAUGGCUCCAGUUAUCUACCUGUGUUGGAACGUUUGGCACACCGGGGGGUCCGGUGCGGGACGCUCUGUAGUAGAUGUGGUUUGGGAGCAGAGACUAUUAAUCAUGCGCUCUUUGAGUGUCCCCGAUCACGUCGUAUUUGGGAUUUGUCCCCAUUAG